AUGGGUUCUGGAAUCUCAACAAAUCUAACCUUCGAUGAGAAUAUUAUGUGCCCGAUCUGUUUGGAAAUUCCACACAACGCAGUGCUCCUUAAUUGCAGUUCAUACCAUAAAGGAUGUAGGCCAUUCAUGUGUAACACGGAUAAUUCUCUCUCAAACUGUUUCGAUCAGUAUAAACGUUCAAAAGGUUCUUCUGCCGCCGCAAUGGUUGCUUCAACUGCAUCAGUGGUAUCAUCGUCGCAAAACUUUCAAGUAAUUCCUUUGAAUUUCAAUGGCCUCACUUGCCCAUUCUGUCGAGGAGAUGUUACGGGAUUUAUUGUGGUCGAUAACGUCCGUGCAUACUUUGACAUGAAGAAAAGGUGCUGCCAAGAGAAGCAUUGUGAGUACGUCGGCAACUAUGUUGAACUCCAACAGCAUGCUAGACAAGAGCAUCCGAAUUCUCGACCAUCUGAAGUUGACCCAGAAAGAGAACGAGAAUGGGAGAGUUUUCAGCAGUCCUCGAGAGGUACAACUUUGCUUGAGAGUUUUCUGGAGCCCUUGGGAGCUCCAAUUUUCCUUGCAAUCUAUGGUAGAAACCACAGAUUAAUCUGA